CUUAAAUCGAGCACGCCAAGAAGCGGCGGUUAUAAUAAGAACUAAAGAGAUCGGGAAAUCAACAGCGAUCGGCAAGAUUGUACCAUAUAAUUCCUCUAUUUUGGAGGAGCAUGAAACCUCAUACGCACUUGCACCAUAGUCAUCAUCAUUCCAGGAGUUCCAAGGGCUCCAAAGGCCAUGAUGGGAAACAAGCAAAAUUUAUUCCAGAUAAUUUUUCCUCGCUUGACCAGGUUAUUUCAGCUUUGAGAGAAUCGGGCCUCGAGUCUUCAAACUUAAUCCUUGGUAUUGACUUCACAAAAAGCAAUGAAUGGACAGGUAGGAACUCGUUUGGUAGGAGAUCUCUUCAUGCUAUUGGUGGUACACCUAACCCAUAUGAACAAGCCAUUUCCAUAAUUGGGCGUACAUUAUCUCCUUUUGAUGAGGACAAUCUGAUACCAUGUUAUGGCUUUGGUGACACAUCUACACGUGAGCAAUCUGUCUUCAGCUUUUACCCUGAUAAUCGUCCUUGUCAUGGUUUUGAGGAGGCUCUUGCACGAUAUAGAGAUAUUGUGCCACACCUUAAACUUUCAGGGCCAACGUCGUUUGCCCCGGUAAUCCAGGCAUCAAUUGAUAUUGUCAAAAAAAGUAAUUGGCAAUAUCAUGUUCUUGUCAUCAUUGCUGAUGGACAGGUUGCGAGGAACUCAGACGUACCACAAGGAAGAUUAAGUCCCCAAGAAGGUGCAACCAUGAAGGCAAUUGUUGAUGCCAGUUUCUUUCCUCUAUCAAUAAUUAUGGUUGGUGUUGGUGAUGGACCAUGGGACACAAUGGAGCAUUUUGAUGAUUGUAUUCCUGAACGCAGAUUUGAUAAUUUUCAGUUUGUGAAUUUUACAAAUAUCAUGAGUGCAAAAAUGGAAAUGUCAAAGAAGGAAGCAGCCUUUGCACUUGCUGCAUUAAUGGAAAUACCUUUUCAAUAUAAAGCCACGCAAGGCCUCCGACCUCAAGAAAACCAGAGUGACAGAUUUAGCUCACCAAAAAUUCUUCCUCCUCCGAAGGAAGUACUUGAACAUGAUAGUUUAAUGAUGUCAUCUACUCGUAUAGCAGAUACCCAGACAGCUGGCUCCACUGCUUCAACAGAGCAGGUCUGCCCUAUAUGCUUAACAAACCCAAAGGAUAUGGCGUUUGGCUGCGGCCAUCUGACUUGCAAGGAAUGUGGUGCCACUUUAUCGACAUGCCCCAUAUGCCGAGCACCCAUAACUACACGCUUGCGGCUCUUUGCUUAGAUGAUGGUCUGGUGCCUAAGCCUGUGGUGUCCUAUCUGAACCGCUUGGGUAACCAUACUUCCCGGGAUCUAACCCUUCGUGAACCGUCAACGCAGAAAACAUGUACAUUACAAAAUUCAUUCAC